AUCGUUCUCACUUUGUGUCUAAUUUUUUCAGACUAAAAUGUAAAAUUCUCUCGAUGUAUUUAUAAUUUUUACUCUCUAAUUGUAAUAUUAGCGUAUAUAUAUAUAAUCGUUUCGAUGGCAGAUUCUGUUUGUUCUGAUAGAGAAGCAGAGGUAAGAUGUGUACCUCCACCUCGUAUGAUGCCGGAGAACCAGUUUUUCAACCAAGCCACUUUCAAUUUAGCCAUGAACCAGUACCGGGCCAUGGAGUUCCUUCAACAGCAAAAACAGUACCAGAUUAAAGUGGAGCCAGAGAUGAGUUUUUACAACUGCCAAAACGAGGAGAGUGAAGAUGAAAGCAGUAGUGACAAAUCCGACCGCAACUCUCCCACUGCCUUGACAAUCGACGAACAACCGCCCUCCAUUGAUACCAACAGUACAAAGAAAACACAAAUAUGCAACGUGUGUGGCAAGAUCCUGUCUUCCCCAUCGUCCUAUUAUGUCCACAUGAAAAUGCACUCAGAGAACAAGCCGUUUGCCUGCACCAUGUGCGAGGCUAGUUUCUGCCGUAAGCCGUACUUGGAGGUGCACAUGCGCACGCACACAGGAGAGAGACCUUACCAAUGUGAGAUCUGCCAGAAACGCUUCACCCAGAAGAGCAGUCUCAACACGCACAAACGUGUACACACUGGUGAACGUCCAUACUCUUGCGAUAUUUGCAAUAAAAGAUUCGCUGUGAAGAGUUAUGUCAACACCCAUCGCCUCAGCCAUGUGGGGGAUCGUCCUUUGGCGUGUGACCGGUGUAGCGUUGUCUUCACCUCUAAGGUUCACUACACGGAACACAUGCGGACUCACGCAGCCAGACACAUGUUCGGCUGUAAUGUCUGCGGCCGCACCUUCGCCAAGGACAGCUACCUCAUCCGUCACCACAACAGGGUGCACCGCGGCGACGGAGCCGUACCCAUGGCUGUACCUGCGGAACUCAACAUGGCCGGGUUUGAUAUGAGAAUGAGAACCAAUGCAGAAGAAAUCAGGUUACAAGAUAUUUUUAGGAUGAAGCCAAUGCAAGACCUCGGAAUCCCAGAUUACCUCAGAAUGAAUCCCGAGACAGAAAUAGUUCCAUCGGUGCAAUGCUUCAAAGUCAGAGAGAGUAUGGUUGAAGAGAAACCAGUUGUUGAAUGCUUCCGGGUGAAAAUCAAUCCUGAGAGGAAAGUUGCCGCAGAAUGAAAUAAUAUUGAUAAGCUAAAUGGAAACAUAGGGUUCUCAUUGUAGUUUAAAUGCUUGCUGGAGUGUCAAAAGUAAGUAAAUGGCUUAAGUGAAGAUGUACUUUAUACAGGAAAAGUAGUGUGUGCUAUCUUUCUUUUUUUAUAAUUUGGGAUCAGCUUGUUUUUUUUCUUUUUGUUCCAUAAGCUAGCUUACCAUUUAAUUUAUGUAGGUCCAUAGCUUCAAAGUUAUAUUUAGUUGAUUAUUUAUUUAGAGCUACUAAUACUGAUAUUUUAGUUUUAUACAGAAGAACAACAGUAAGAGAGUAAGGUAAAAGAUUCUAGUCAAAGCAACUAUUCGUUGUGUAAAACUAAUGACUGAUAAAUUACUCUAUACCAAUGUAUAUACUAUAUAUAAAUUUAGUGUUUGUAGUUAAUGUACUAACAGUAAGGGAAUUUAUUGUUGUAAUAUAUCUUAUGUAUAUUGUCAAAAAAUAUUUUUGUGGAAUGAAUACUGAUUAUUGUAUUUUAGUAAUAUAACUUUUGUUCACAAUGAAUAAUGACAGUCAAAGAGUUUUUAUCAUUUCAAUUUUUGUAUUUCUAUCGAGCCUAGUUAGAGUCAGUAAACUAAAAACUAAACUCAGGCAUAUAAUUCCUGAUUUUGCAAAAACAAAUUCUGUGACCGCAAUCAUUGACUUUUGGAUACUGAUGUUCCAUUAAUAGAGUAGAUUCCCUCUUAUCCGAACACCUUUUAACCGGACUACACUGGACAAGAAGUGGAAAAUAUUUAAACAACUGUUCUUGUGGGAAAGAUUUCAGACCAGUGAUCACGUUUCUAAAUGUAAUGUUCUUGUAAGUAAAAUAUUUUGAUUAGUUCUCGUGUUAUUCCAAAUUUUUAGGGAUGUCGGUUUAGCCGGAAAACCCAUUAUCCGGACUUGCCCUUGGUCCCGAGUAGUCCGGAUAAGAGGGAGUCUACUGUAGUCCAGGGUGCAAUUGAGCGUGCCCAUGUUUCUCAGGAACUUCCUAUUUUUGAUAUUUUGUGAAAUUUGUACUUAGAAAUCAGACAAGUUUUACUGUGAAUAACUUCCUUGAUGGUGAAUUAAUUUUAAUAUUUCAACCCUUUAAGCCUCAUAGUCAUUAGAAACCAUAAACAACACGACUAAUCCAUUUAUGGCAGUAUAGUUUAAAAAAAUGGUCAACAACUGUGCUUGACGAGGCAAUUUGGAACCAAUAAGGUUGAAUGUUAGGUUUGAAGUAAUAAUGUUAGGUUCGAUCAUUGCAUUCAUAAGAUGCUGGAAACAUUAAAAUAGGCUUAAUCAAAUUACCCUCUUGGUUUAAAGGGUUAAUUAACGUCCAUAGUAAGCCUAGAAGCAGUUUCUAUUCAAACUUGAUUAUUGACACAUUUUGGAUUUUUUGCUUUUAUUUUAUACCAGUGAUGUACAAACUAUCAAAAUAUUCAAAGACCAUGCUGGCAAUUGAAAGUACUGUAUUGUUUUAUAUCAUGAAUUACUAUACAAAUGUGCUAGGGACUUAAGUGGCAUCAGCUCAUUAGCAGCGAUUAUGGUGGCUUUUCCUCCAUUAGCUUGGAAUAAUUUUAGUUUCAAAGUUGCUCACUAGUUCAAGUGAUCAAGUUUAUUCAAGUCGCUACAAAUUCUACGGUUAGUACAGCUGGGAAUCAAACCGAUUAAGACGACGUGAAGUUGGUCAAACAGAUUGCAAAGUUUUAAAUCGCUUCUGUUAACAUUAAUGUGAUUGAUACAGGGGAGUGAUUGGUCUAGUUGUAGAGUGCAGGACUUUGGUCCCUGAAGUCACAGGUUCAAAUCCCGCCAAAUCAAUUGGAUUUUAUUCCAGUGAUUUUUAAAAGUGAUAAUGCCCCUAGGCCUAGCCUGAAGUAAUGUGAAAAACAAUACUGGGCUUGGGCCUAGCAUCCUAGAACAGAAAAAAUAUAUUAUAUAAGCUAAAACAUCAAAGUCAUAUUCCCAAGCUUAUUUAUAGUUUGACUUGAAGUAACAGUAGUUAUUAUUUUGUGUAACUAGUGUGCGAAGUGGCACUUUACUACACAUGAGAGAAAUAUUCACAAACAAGCCGCAGGCAAUGUUGAAAGUUUCUCGAGUGCAGCAAAGGCACUUUGCACUUGCGUUACACAUUAUAUUUUUCCUACGGUUACUAUAAAGCAUAUAAAUAAUUAGUCUUUCAUACACUAUACAAAACGUUUUUAGGUUAGGUUAAAUCGAAGCGUUGAAAGAAAUGCGAAACGCUGCACCAGACUUACAGUAUGUAUUUAAAAUUGUAUCCAAUGUAUUGUAUUUUAUAUAAGGAUUUAAAGUUCACAAAUAUUGUAAAAGCAAUCACUGUAAUCUACAAAAAUAAAAAAUGAGUAGAAUUUUCAAGAGAAUUGAUUUUAUGAGAUAUUUUGAUUAAUAAGUAAUAUAAUAUAUUCAAUACACCAUUUCAUCUUCUACAAAAUGGAAAUAACCAGUUCUUAAAAUUUACUCAUGCAAAUAUUACGAAAUAUUUGAUAAGCAAUUAGAUUUUGGUAUUAAGUAAUAUUAUUAUUAUUAUUAUUUAUGACUAUGUUGCCCGGUAAAAUGUAUUUAUUUUAUGGUAUAUAAUCUUGGGAUAAUUCUUUAUAUUAUUCUUACUAUUGCCAAAUACAGUAUGAGCUAAGACUCAUGAUAUUUUCUCUAGUCAAUAUUAAUAUUGUUGAAUUUUAGUUUCUUUAUUAUUAGUUUGUUAUUGAUGUUUAAGUUGUGUUGCUAUUUAA